UACAAGACACCGCAACUUGAACCUCAGUGUCUGUCUUUUUCGCUCUAUCUCUUAGCCGUUUCCACGCAUAAAUUUCAUCUUCUUUUCUAUUCCAGCUGCGCCUAACCAAACUAGUAUUUAUAUAUAUCGGCCACUCUUAUUCAUCUUUAUACCAUCAAAAUUUUCACAUCAUCACUUGAUAUAUAUCUCUUGAAAAGAUGAGGAGGAACUGCAACUUAGAACUCUGCCUUUUUCCUCAAUAUGUAUCUGAUAACAAUCACAAUCACAACAAUCACAUGGUUGAAGAAGAAAGAGAUAGUGAUCAAAGUUCAAUCCAAAAUCAGCAACAGCCACUGACUAUUUUCUACGAUGGCAAGAUGUGUGUUACUGAUGUUACUGAGUUUCAGGCCAAAUCAAUCUUAAUGAUGGCAAAUAGAAAAGUGCAAGAAACGGUAAAGACACCAACAGAGUCAGAGGCAUCAACACCAACAACAGUAGAAUCUCCUCAUCAAUUGUAUAGCCCUGGUCCUGCUCUAUCAAUGAAAAUGUCUUUGCAACGGUUUCUACAAAAGAGAAAAAAUAGGGCUCAACAAGCUUCUCCAUACAAUCAUUAGCAAAUUGAAAAACGGAUUUUUGCAACUGUUUCUUUAGGAAGAUGAUUACAUCUCCAUUUCGAUUAUGCUUUUCUUAAAUGGUGUUGUGAGCUGAAAGAGUUUAAAGAGAAAAAAGUCUUUGAUUCUACCUCUAAGGCCGAGUAAAUUGUUGUCUCGGAUAUAACAAAAGAGAAUGUUUAGAUUAAGAAGUUCAUUAUUUAAUUUGCUAUAGUUCUUAGCAUUGUAGAUUCUAUUGAUCUCUAUUGUUAUAACAAUGGUGGCGUUGCACAAGCUAAAGAGCCUAAAUCUUAUCUACAACUAAACACAUACUUAUGCACUAUCACUUCAUUCAGGAGAUAAUCUAAAGAGUAUCAAUACUUGAUGGUAAUACUAGAUCUACUAGAUCUAUGGGUAUUUGGCAUAUGCCUAAUAAAUUUUAAUGCUAG